GUGCGUGUGAACGUGUGUGCAUGGUGGUGCUGGUGUUGUAGCCUGGUGUAAUUCUCUUACGAAUUGGACUAAGCCGGGGAACGGAGUCUGAUGUCACAUGUGCUUCAUCGGAGGAGACGGGGCAUCUGCAAGCUGGAUUUUGUGGAGGAUGCUGCGGCAAGUGAUACACAGAGGGCUCAAGGCUUCGUUUUACUGGCUGGGCUUAUUCGUUAGCAGGCACCCCGUUUUCUUCCUCACUGUCCCCGCGGUCCUCACCAUCAUUUUCGGAUCUACCGUGCUCAGCCGAUUCAAGCCGGAGACGGACCUGGAGGUGCUGGUAGCCCCGACUCACAGCCUCGCCAAGAUCGAGAGGAGUCUCGCCAACAGCCUGUUUCCCAUCGACCAGUCGAAGCACAAGCUGUACUCGGAUUUGCACACCCCGGGCAGAUAUGGCAGGCUGAUCCUGCUGGCCAAGUCCGGGGGGAACAUCCUGGAGCUGGCCGACCAGGUCCUGCAGGUUCACAAGCAGGUGUUGGAUUUGCGCGUCAAUUACAAGGGAUUCAAUUACACGUUCGCGCACCUCUGCGUCUUGAGCCACAGGGACAAGCGCUGCCUCUUGGAUGAUAUCAUCACCAUCUUCGAAGAUAUCAGGCAGGCUGUGCUUUCCAACAGCACUUUCCACAAGGUGCCAGUGAGCUAUCCGAACACAACACUAAAGGACGGCCGUGUGUCCUUCAUCGGCCACCAGCUGGGCGGCGUGUCCUUCUCGCCCAACAGCCGUGACCAGCAGGUCAAAUUCGCCCGCGCUGUCCAGAUCACCUACUACCUCCGCAACCAUGGACCAGUGGUGCAGGAUGCCAUCGCCGAGCGCUGGGAGAACGAAUUCUGCGCCCUGGUCAGCCGGCUGUCCACAGCCGAGGCGCCCCAUGCACCUGACCAGCUGCAUAUCCAGUCGCUCACCUCCUUCAGCCUGUGGCAGGACUUCCACCAGACAGGCGUGCUUGCCAAAGGGGAGGUGCUGGUCAGCCUGGUGCUGGUGCUCCUGGCCGCCACCAUCUCCAGCUCCAUGCGGGACUGCCUGAGGGGGAAGCCGUUCCUAGGCCUCCUAGGCGUACUGACCAUAUGCAUCGCCAACGUGACAGCUGCAGGGAUCUUCUUCAUAUCGGACGGGAAGUUCAACUCUACACUGCUGGGGAUCCCGUUCUUUGCCAUGGGCCAUGGAACCAAAGGGGUAUUCGAGCUGCUGGCAGGCUGGAGGAGAACAAGGGAAAACCUCCCCUUUAAAGAACGCGUGGCGGAUGCUUUUGCUGACGUGAUGGUGUGCUACACCAUGACCAGCUCACUUUACAUCAUCACAUUUGGCAUGGGAGCUAGCCCUUUCACCAACAUCGAGUCAGUGAAGAUUUUCUGCCAGAGCAUGUGUGUCGCAAUCCUGGUCAACUACUUCUAUGUUUUCUCAUUCUAUGGCUCCUGCCUGGUGUUUGCUGGACAACUUGAGCAGAACCGCUACCACAGUGUUUUCUGUUGUAAAAUACCCUCAGUGGAAUACCUGGACCGCCAGCCCACGUGGUUUAAAACCAUGAUGAGUGAUGGCCAUGACUUGUCCACACACCAUGACAGUGCCCCUUACCAGAAUCACUUCAUCCAGCACUUCCUGCGUGAGCACUACACAGAAUGGAUUACCAACACCUAUGUCAAACCCUUUGUGGUCAUUCUGUAUCUCAUCUACGCCUCUUUUUCAUUCAUGGGAUGUUUACAAAUCAGUGAUGGAUCAAACAUUGUGAACCUGCUGGCUAGUAACUCUCCAAGUGUUUCGUAUGCUCUGACCCAGCAGAAAUACUUCAGCAACUACAGUCCUGUGAUUGGGUUUUACAUUUAUGAGCCCAUUGAGUACUGGAAUUCCACGGUGCAGGAGCACCUGAAGACUCUAAGUCACGGCUUCAACAAGAUCUCCUGGAUGGACAACUUUUUCCACUACCUGCGAGUGGUGAAUGUGAGUGCGUCAACCAAGAGCGACUUCAUCACCAUCCUCAGGGGCUCCUUCUUGCGCAGCCCAGAGUACCAGCACUUCACUGAGGACAUCAUAUUCUCCAAGAUCCGUGAGACUGACGAAUACGACAUUAUCGCCUCACGCAUGUAUUUGGUGGCACGGACCACAGAGAAGAAGCGCGAGGAGGUGGUGGAGCUUCUGGAGAAGCUUCGCCCGUUGAUGCUGAUCAACAGCAUCAAGUUCAUUGCCUUCAAUCCCACAUUUGUGUUCAUGGACCGCUACAGCUCCUCAGUCAUCUCUCCCAUCCUUACCUCAGGCUUCAGCGUGCUCACCAUCCUCAUCCUCACUUUCUUCCUGGUCAUCAACCCCUUGGGGAACUUCUGGCUCAUUCUCACGGUUACAUCCGUGGAGCUGGGCGUCUUGGGUUUGAUGACCCUCUGGAACGUUGGCAUGGACAGCAUCUCAAUCCUGUGCCUUAUUUAUACCCUCAACUUCGCCAUGGAUCACUGUGCACCACACCUGUACACUUUUGUGCUGGCCACCGAGCACACUAGGACGCAGUGCAUCAAGUUGGCACUGGAGGAGCACGGGGCAGCCAUCCUGCAGAACACAUCCUGCUUUGUGAUCGGGAUCAUGCCCCUGGUGUUUGUGCCUUCCAAUCUGACCUACACACUGUUCAAGUGCUCCCUCCUCACCGCGGGCUGCACCGUGCUGCACUGCUUCGUCAUCCUGCCCGUCUUCCUAACCUUCUUCCCGCCGUCAAAAAAGAGACACAAGAAAAAGAAACGGGCCAAGCGGAAAGAGCGGGAGAGGGAGCGGGAAAGGGAGAGGGAAAGAGAAAGGGAGGAGAUAGAGUGCAUCGAAGUCAGGGAGAAUCCUGAUCAUGUGACAAACGUCUGAAUAGUUUGUAAUUUUAGCAGUGAGUAUCAGUGGGUAUCCGUCAAGUAUUGGUGGAUGAGAGGUGUUCUCCAGUGAUGAGGCACCUCUCAAGGCGCAGGGGAGUCUGAGAUGUCCCCUGUGGAGUGGGCACUUGUCACUCCCAACCAAUAGCAGCUAAGCUGGCCAGAGUAGAGCGCAGCCCCACUGGACAGUCAUUCAGUCCUUCAGUCUGGACAGUGUAUCUCAUUUGCACAAACUGCAACUUGCUCAUGGUUCUAAAACUCUUUCCUAACUAUUUGGCACAUGAAAACAAGUUAGUUACCAGAACUGUAAGUAAAUUCCAAACAUAUUACAUUAGUACAUUUGAAUAUUAGCAAUUCUAUGUUCAUCUUCUGCAGCCCUUAUCUCAAAAGAAGUGAGUGAGGAGCAUAGCAGUCUGUUAAGCCAAGGACGCUUAGAUGAGUUGGUGAAAGUGCUUAGUGUGAUUAUACAAAGGUGUACAAAUUAAUAACUGUGCAGAAGAUGACUGUGCACACACCUCACUCCUCACACCUUAUUCUUCACACUGAUAACAGCAAAAAGAGACAAAACCAAAAUUCUGUGGAAAGAGAGAUACUGUGGACCGAAAGCACAUCGCAUGCAUUAUUAUAACAUUAAAAAUAGCUGAACAGCUGAACUGGGCAGAUGGCAUACACUGUGUCCAUUAUGAAGAAUUAUCUUGCACAUUGCAUUGUGUGAAUAGAACUGCAGAGGUUUAUUAAGCAGGAGACAAAUAUUUCUGCUUUAUUCCAGAGGUCACAUAAGGUCUUAGGCAAUGGCAAAAAGAACUGCAGUGGGCUGCAGCGUAUGAGGAGGAAAUGAUGAGUGACUGUCGUGCAGCAGUAUCAGGCAGUAAGCCUGAUUUUUAGAGUAUGACUUAAGUAAAUCCUAAACUGCUUUUGCACCAGACCAGUAAAACCAAAAGUGAAGAGUGUUUCCAAGACUUGAAAUAUUGAACUUUCCAGUAGGUUGAUAACAAUGGAAAGUUUCUGUGAGAGUAUGAAUGUCUCCAUGAUCCCCUUACAAAAGCUCAAAGGAACAGCACUGGUAAUUGGAAGGCUUGACUGUGAUUCAAUACUAGCAGUGGUGCCAAAUAGUGUACAGAGUACAACUUUCAUAUAAAUUAACCAUGAAUCAUUAAUUAAUCGAGCUAAUUUGAAUGAUUGCUAUCUAGUGUUGUCAAGGUUUGUGAAGCAAAUUAUGAAGCAGGCUUUAAAUUACAUUCUGUAAAGUAUACUUCCUCUGAAUAUAGUGAAAAACUGAUAGAGAGCCGAAGUCAAACCAGAACUUCUGGACUGUUCCAGAAGUAAGAAAACCCCAUUUAAAAAUCAAAUUGACGUUAAUAAUGAUGUAAUAAAACAAACAGUCCAGCCCUACAACAUAACCUUGCUCACGAGUUGUGUUUCACUGGCCUUUAAAGCUGCAUUAAUCAAUACUUUCAUAUUGACAAUGGAUCCAAUGAUUAAAUUUAAAGCAAAAGGAGUUGAUCGUAGUGAUGAGCUCAUGGGGAAUUAUUACCCAACUCUGAAGUUUCCCUCAGCUCUGUGGAGCAUUUCAGCAUCUUUUAGUUCAUUGUUUUAGUUUUCCUCACUUUUUUGUUUCACUCUCAUGGCUUUCAUCAAGCUUAUUUCUAGUAGCAGCAGCUUGCUCUGAUAAAUCCACUAUAUGCAACCUCCCCAAACAGCAGACGGACAAAGUUUUCCAAAAGAGAGACCAAAACAGACUUAGAAUGAGAGUGAAUAUUGAGCAUAGAUUCGCCAGGUGAUUAGAAACACAUCUCCAAAGUAAUGCUAAUGUUGCUCCGUGUCUGCUGGAUGUGUAGAUAAACAACUGUUUUCUAUGUCAAUGUCAUUUUUUCAAGCUGUUCUGCUGCCCCAAAGUGGCACCAAAAAUAAAUUAAUGCAGCUUUAACAAACACCAUUUCCCACAAGCCCAAGACAAUUUGGGGUUAAAUAUCACCAGCUUGACAGAUGAGAUGUCACUCAUGAGGAAGAAACAGUUACUAUUAUGUAUGAUAUGCAUACUACUACAUUAGAAAAUUUUCGUGGGAAGUGCAGUUUAACCACUAGUUUAAACACUAAUAAAUUAAUCGUUUAACUUUGUUGCAAUCAGAAGGAAAGGAAUGUGUUUCACUUCCUGAGAAAGACCUAUAAUAAAAAACCCCAAUGAGAGAUUCCAUUGAGUUACAAAAGCUAGUGGAACAGAGGCUGGACUGGGAAUGGUGUCAGGACUUCAGCUCUCUAUCGGGAACACUGCAAAAGUAAGGGUGCAGACAACUACUGCCACCCGUAGGCCUGGAGCUGGUCUGGUCCAUGUAUGUAUGUUUUGCUAUAGUAUUUCAAGUAACAUUCCAUCAAAACUAUCCACAAAUAUCCUUCUUCAGUAUUCAGUCUUGCAAGUCCAAAAAAGCUGUCUCCCCAGAGGGUAAACAGUAUUAUCUAAGUCUGCCAAGGCCCGAUAAGAAUCUCUGUUGCAGUCCCAAAACAAACACACUCAAGGUCAGCAGCCCUAACAGAUACCAAUCUCACACUGACCUCUGGCAGGCAGAUAUUAGCUGGUGGUAUGUGAUAGAGAGGCCCUAUAUGUGAGCAGAUGUGGCUGAUUGCGGACCAGUCAAUACCUUAUUAGGGGAUUGGCUGGUUCUUACGGGGCUGUCAUUGAGGGGACACUGCUGUCUUGUUUCUUUGUGCUACCACUGAGAAAGUGAAAGGCUCUCACACAAGACAGUGGAAGCUAAUCAGGUAGCUUGGGGUGAGGAUAUAGUUUUCAUGCUGGACCAAAUAUCAGUGAGUAAUAUGUUUUGAUGUUUGAAAAAGAAGUGUGUGAGUUAAGAGGAUUGUCAGUAUCAAGUGAUAAAUCACUAGUUAUCAAAAACGCUUUUAAAAUCCACUUCAUGUGUAAAUUAAUAUCAGUGAAUAAAUGAGACACAAAGGUGGAAAAGAAAGACCUUUUACCUGUCAUAUUUUACCAUGAACACACUUCCGUGGAUUUAGAAAGUAAGUGUUGAAUUGUCUCUGAUAAGAACCGUAUAACUUUCAUCAAGCAGACAUUGAUUGCCCUACUUAGAAAUGAGGAGGUUUUGGCAAGCUACUUCCUGCAGCAGCUGCAGUGAACACCACAUAAUGUAAAAGCCAUGUCAUGUAUGUAUAGCAAGAAGGCAUGAAUUGUUUGAAAAACGGGAAAGAAAUGCAAAUCUUAAAUAAUUUACUUCCCAAAAUGGACUGUGUUUGCAUGGCACUGUAUUGUAUGUAUGCAUGUAUUUAAUUUCUCUGUAUGAAGUCUGCAUAUUUUUUAUUUUGCUACGCUGUAGUGACUUAUGUUUGUUGUUUCAAUGCAUAUUCUGUAACACCAUGUGCUGCAAAAGAACAAAAUGAGUCAUAUAUGUUCCAAAACAAAAGCCAGAGGAUAUUUCAUGUGUAAAAUAACUGUACAAUACUCUUUUCUAUAUUUUCUAAGAAAAAAAUAUACUAUAGAAAGAUUUUUAAUGACAGGAUUUUCGUAAAAAAAAAGAAUAAAAAGGGAAAAAAGUUGAACACAGUAGGCCAGUAAUAAA